CGGAGGGGCCGGCGGUGGUGGCGGCAGCGGCGGGGCCGGAGCCGGAGCGAGUGGGGGGUUCGGCGGCCUCACCUGUCCCCAUUCACCCGCGGCGGGGGCGGCGGUGGUGGCGGGCGCGUCAGGCGGAGGGAGCCGCCGCCAGCCCAAGCUGCAGAGGGAAAGACAACCUGACAUAGGGAAGUGGGGACGGCUACUCAGAGAGAACCGCAAAACAUCCUCGGUACAGUAGCAAGCCUGUACUCCAAAUCCAAAAUCCCUAUACUUUUUCACCAGAGUGCACAGAAGAGGAACAUGGCUCAAGAAACUAACCAUAGCCAAGUGCCUAUGCUUUGUUCCACUGGCUGUGGAUUUUAUGGAAACCCUCGUACAAAUGGCAUGUGUUCAGUAUGCUAUAAAGAACAUCUUCAAAGACAGAAUAGUAGUAAUGGUAGAAUUAGCCCACCUGCAACUUCUGUCAGUAGUCUGUCUGAAUCUUUACCAGUUCAGUGCACAGAUGACAAUGUCCCAGAAGCUCAGUCAACAUUAGACUCCACGUCUUCCCCAUCUAUGCAGCCAAGUCCUGUAUCAAAUCAGUCACUUUUGUCAGACUCUGUAGCAUCUACCCAAGUGGAAAGUACAUCUGUGGACAAAGCAGUACCUGAAACAGACGAUCUGCAAGCUUCAGUAUCGGACACUGCACAGCAGCCCUCUGAAGAGCAAAACAAGUCACUCGACAAACCAAAACAAAAAAAGAAUCGCUGUUUCAUGUGCAGGAAGAAAGUGGGACUGACUGGGUUUGAAUGCCGGUGUGGAAAUGUUUACUGUGGUGUGCACCGUUAUUCAGAUGUACACAAUUGCUCUUACAAUUACAAAGCUGAUGCUGCUGAGAAAAUCAGAAAAGAAAAUCCAGUAGUUGUUGGGGAAAAGAUCCAGAAGAUUUGAACUCCUGCUGGAAUACAAAAAUCCUUUUGACCAUCUGCAAACUAAAUUGACUUGAGCUUUUUUUUCCUAGUCAUUGGGAAUGUAGAGCAAUGUAUCUUGCAUAGACCUUUUAAUCAUGCAUGUCAUCAGAAGAAUAGAUUUUUGUUUUGUUUUGAAAAUGACUCUGAACAUUUAUUUCCAUUGCAGUUUCUGUGGCUGAAAAGACUUAAGUAAACUUUACAAGUAUUAUCCUUUUAAGAUCAUUUUAAUUUUAGUUGAGUGCAGAGGGCUUUUAUAACAAACAUGGAGAAAUAUUGGAGGGCUGUGCUUUUCCAGUAUUAAACAUGCAUGCGUUAACAUUGCAGCAGUUUAUUUUCUCAUUGUGUGUGUAUCUAUAGCUUUUCUCUGCAGCACGAUUUCUCUUUGGAUAAUGCCCCUUAUGGCACAACUAGUUAUCAGUAACUGAAUGUAUUUUAAUCAUUAUGGCUGCUUCUGUUUUUCAUUAACAAAGGUUAUACAUACGUUAGCAUAUUAGCUUCUUUGCACCCACGACCUAUUUAUGUAUGAAUCAUUUGUAAUGAGAGAGUGUGUGCCAAUGAGAUAUUAUAAGUUUGUGUGGUUUUUAAAAAUUCUUUUUGAGUGAGGGGAGGAAAGGCUGUAUGCACUUCAUUGCUGACUGCAGGUUUCACUGGGAUUAAGUUCAUCAGUCUGUAUGUACACAAAUAUGAAGAAUGAUCUGAAGUAAUUGUGCUGUAUUUAUGUUUAUCCACCGGUCUUAACUUUGAUUAAAUAAAAAAAAGAAAAAAAGAAAAAAGAAAGGCAAAGCAAAUCCCAUUGUGUUUCAGCAUUUCUCAGACACUACCAGUUGAUUUUUACUCUUGUCUUUGAUUCUGAUUUUCUAAUGUAAGCAAUGAGAGAUACCACAACAGUCAGCUUCCCCCCACCCCCUUCCGGGAAGAGCAAUGUCUUACAUAUCUAUUUAUAUGACUAGCUAGGUGACUGAAAAUUAAAAUAAAAUGAAAUUAUUUACU